AUGAGGCUGUCAAUAUCUUGUGAUGCGUGUCGACGGGCAAAGGUCAAGUGUGUCCAUGAGGGCAACCCGCCUUGUCAGCGCUGUCAAAAAACCAAGAGUGACGAAUGCGCUCUGACAGACCCUCGAGCUUCGAAGCCAAGAACAGGCACAGGUGUGCGGCGGGGAAGCACUGCCAAAGCUAGAACAGGGCAGAAGCGACGAGCAACCACUGCAGUGUCUCCAGAUACUCACCCUCAACAAGUCCCUCGUCCGGGGCUUUCGCGUACGGUUUCCGAGAGCAACGAGAAUCCCAUCUCAUCUUUAUCACCAUCCAUUGUCAUCACAGCCGUGGAAAUUUACCGAAAGAAGUUCCCCAUUACGAAUUUCUUGCAUUAUCCGUCUUUGAUCUCAGAUGUCUCAUCUGAUUUCUCAUCAAUUGAUCCGGUUUUCGUUGCCUCCCUUCUAUCUUUGUGUGUGCGUUUCAUGAGCGGAGAUGGGGUCGCCGAUGAAGAAACAUAUGCCGGCUAUGCACGUAAACAUCUCGCUCAUCGUGUCAUGGAGGCGCCAUCCCUUUAUCUCGCUCAGUCUUUGGUGAUGAUCUCGUUCUAUGAAUGGGGAACUGGUCGGCCUUACCAAGCAUGGAUGUAUAGCGGCAUGGCUACCUAUAUGAUACAGUCACUACUUAAAAUGUCCGACGAUAGUAUGGAACAUAAUCCACACGAAUUCCAUGCUUCUCAGACCCAGUACGAACAGCUUGUUCGUACCUACUGGUGUUGCUUUGCUCAGGAUUGUGAGUUGAGCUCCGGUGCUCGACAACAUUUUGCAUUAUCCUUUUCUCAAAUAUCGGUACCACUUCCCAUCAGUGACCGGGAUUUUACGUUCAAUCAUGUGCCCGAGAGGAGAUUGAUGCCUGCCGAUAUGAACGAUCAGUGUUCUCUGGCAAGAAAUUUGACCAUAGAGCAUGGCCUGACGAUAGUGACGCGCGGAUUUGAUAUAUUCGUGCGAAUUCUGAGAUUUGCGAACGAACACCGUCGCGCGCUAGCAUCUUUGGGCUCGGAGGAUUCUACAUCGCCUCUUCUUCGGACUUGGCAGCGACUUAAGGGAGAGUUGGAUGAGUGGAGAUCUCUACAAGAUAUGACCGUUCGAUACCCUGCGACAAGCGCUCAGGCACAUGUUGCUCUCGGAUACGGAGAGCUUUUUGCCUACAUCAAUCUAAUAUACUUUAUGAGCGUAUUGUUUCUCCAUCGCGAUCGCUUCCUUUCCAAUCUCAAACCCGACGUUGACGUUUUUCAUGACAUGAAUGAUGAUGAACAGCAAGAGCCCGGGACUAUUAGAGAACUUUUUGCCGCCGUGCAGAAUAUCAGCGGAGUACUAUCAGCCCUAGAGGCAUCAGAGGCACCAGUCAUGACCCCCUAUUCAGGUUUCAGUGUCUUUGUAGCUGCACACAUCAACAUGUACGGGACCAUUGCCCCGAUGCGAUACCCCGGCGGACUUGAGCGAGCAGAAGAAGAGAAAAGCAAAAAUCUCAUAUACCUUGAGCGGCUAAGCCGAUUGUGGCCCGUUGGUCGAAGCUGGUGGCGAACUGUGCAAGAAGCAAAUCGAUUCUAUGAAACUGUCAAGAGCACUCAGACACAUACUGAGACUGGUAUGCACAGUCCCCGACGUUUUGCAUUGGCAGGUGGUUUGGAUGAGUACGGCGAUAUCCGCUCCCGUCCCAAUCGCGAAAUGCAUAUGACUAGGACCAUGGCUACGGGACCGGGCGAACCCGACAAUGCGCCUCAGUCUCAAGAUCGGGUUUUAUCAUCUCCCGUUCCCGAUAGUGAAACUACGUUUCUUUCUCGUGAGCACGCUGGACUCGCCCACGACUUUGAAACGGAUAUGUUUCAAUGGCCUUUUAUCGAUGCAUCUUGGUCUGCUGGGUUUGACGCGGGGCUAGACGGACUAUGGCACCACUCUGGGUUAUUCGAUGCGAAUCCUUCCUUCAAAUGUUGA